GCGGAUAAUUUCAAUAUAUUUUCUGCCGCUUGGGGAUUUUGCUUGGGUCACAGCUAUGUACACUGGAUGGAAAAUGUCCAGGGAAAACUGCGAGAAAAGUGCCUCACAGCGAGCGUUCUGCGAAACAUCUCAUCAAUGGUGUCCGAUGUCAAAGAAAUGUCAGUGAAGAAUGUGUGAAAUUUUCGUAAUGAAUUAGUUUUUCUUUACAAUUUGUGGACAAAUAACAGUUGAAAAUACAAUAUUAGUGAUAGAAUACGUUCAACUUUGUGUGAUAUAUAAGAAAAAAAAUCUAUUAUUACCCAGCGAUAUGGUUUCAUCAACUUUUUUAUUAGCUUUUUGAAGAGGCCAGUGCUAUGGCGUCCCAGGCAAUGUAUUGUCUUAGUGUUCAAAUUGGUUCACGUGAAGAUGAUUUAGCCAAUGACAUUGAUGCGAAAACCAUGAACGACAAGUCAUCGUGUGAAGCGUCAUUUCCGAUGUCGAGUGGAAACAAGGAGUCACCGAGCAUUUCUCAAGCUCAUCCAAAUAAUAUAAUUUUACUGCGUGGAGCGCGUUCUGACAAUGGCCAUAUUAUUCUGCACAACAAUCAGGACCUGAUGAGUUUGAUAAGUGAUGAGGAGAAGCACGUCUUGAUCCAGCAUCAGAGGCUGAAAGCGAAGAAGGCUGAAGGAGCCCUGAUGCUCCAGCCAAGUGUUCAGGCGAAGGCGAGCGAGGGUGAGACGAUCCUCUUGCAGGCGGCCAACUUGAAGAAGAACACCACAACUGGCCAUCUCGCCGAGGGGCAAUUCCUAAUACAACAUCGCGUCGGUACGCGAGGUCUCUCAGAUGGCCCUAUUUUAUUGCAAACGCUGAAGCGUCUGGAGAAAUCGCAAUCGAUAUUCUUGUUUCGUAAUAACAGUACAGCGCUCACGUCUUCAGUGAGGAUAUCAUCUAAGAAAUCCGCCACAAACACCACUAAUUCGCUGAAAGUCAGUCAAAUGAAGCAGCCGAAGAAGGAGCCCAUCGGUGAGGAAGAGGCCGCUAAAUUGGACCAGGUUAAUCACAAGCAUCUGCCAUUUGGAAGUGAUGGUGAGCCAAUCAAGUUGCCGGAAAACUUGGAAAGUCUACCAAGGGCUGAUCAUUUUCCCACACAGCGACAUCGUUGGAAUACGAAUGAGGAGAUUGCUGCAAUACUAAUCAACUUUGAGAGGCAUUCCGAAUGGCAGUCGAAAGAAGUGAAGACACGGCCCAAGAGUGGAUCCAUGCUGCUGUAUUCGCGGAAGAAGGUGCGAUACCGCCGCGAUGGUUACUGUUGGAAGAAGAGGAAAGAUGGGAAAACAACAAGAGAGGAUCACAUGAAACUCAAGGUUCAAGGAACUGAGUGCAUCUACGGAUGUUACGUUCACUCAGCCAUCCUUCCGACCUUUCAUCGGAGAUGCUAUUGGUUGCUUCAAAAUCCAGAUAUCGUUCUGGUGCAUUAUCUAAAUGUUCCAUAUCCAGAUGAUAAUAAGAUGGCUGUUAUAGCGCCCAGUUUGGCUCUUUGGGGUGACAAGAAGGAGUGGACGAAGGAGGAACUAGUCAGUCAGUUGAAGCCUAUGUUUUUCAGUGAGGAUGAACCAGAUACAACCAACGAUAUUGAAUUGUCCACGGCUGAAACUGUUGAGUCUAUUGUUGUGCAAUUGAUGGAGAAGCAGAGAUCGGCCAGACAAGCGGCUUUGGUUAAACAAUUAGAGUGUGGCUGUUCCAAUUCCGCUUGUUCAGAUGGAAAGACAUGCUCUCAUCCGAUGAGGCGCAUAACUGUUGUGAAGAAUGCUAAUGAAAAGCGCUUGGAUAAUUGCAAUCAGUGGAACGAUCGUUGGAAGAAUCACGGACAAUUGAGUGAAGUUGAUGCGGCAAAGUGUGUGACCAAUUCAAUCCACUAUCAAGUGCGGGAUGCAUCGUCAAAUGCAUCUGGCGGCCUGUCAAUGGCGCCAAAUCAUUCUCUGAAACCUAAAAGUAAUACUAAUAGCAACAUUGUAAGAAAUUCAGCUUUACAUGAAUCGCCAAAUCUUAAUGAAAUACCCAUAAAUACGCAUAAUAAUAGCAAUAGCAUUAAUAAUCGACAAGGUAAUCACAAUUUAUUGAAUUUAGCAAAUCGCAUUGUGACUAUAACUAGUCAUAACAAUAUCCCUAAUCAUCGGUCAGUGUCCAUCGUGUCCCAAUCAAAUAACAAUUCGGCACUCAAUGCGGACAUGAGUAUUAUGUCGACUAACUUGCAAAUGGAGCGACAGGAGCAACACCUCCAAAUGGAUAGCCACGCUGCCACUAGUCUUGUCAGCUCCACGCGAAUGAGCGUCAAUACAUCUACGGCCACUCCUCCGUUGGUGCUCAACUUAUCCCAGAUUCAGAAUCCGAAUGGUAGUCUUCUAAUUCUCAACGGUCAGCAGCAGCCGCUUGUGUGCCAAACACAGUAUUUGAAGGGGAAGAACGAGAAGACGGAAGUGAAGUGUGAGAUGAGUCAGAAAGUGCUGAAGGAGGAAAUUGCUGGCUCUGUUGCCAAGCAUCAAUCAAUGGAGAGCAGUCAUGGUGUGAAAUCUGAUAAGAAGUCAGACGAGGCAAAAGACACUGACUCACUGUCGUACUUCAACGAGACGCUGGAUUUGUCCCAGGAGGACAUACAGAAGACGCUGAGUGCCAACAUGCCACUGUCCAAUCACAAUACCGACGAGACGAUGAACAGUGAUAUCAAUCCUAUGGACUUCAUGGAUAAUGUGUGCGUGGGAAAUCCGCCGUCUGUCCACGAUGAUGAUGUGUUUGUGAAUUUGGAUGCUUUCGAUAUGCUGGUGGAGUUUCCCGAUUUGGAGUUGGAUGGGAAGAACAAUUUGUCUGAUGCGGGAAUUGAAUCGACUGUUAACUGUGAUAAGCUGACAACGAGUACUCACGAUGAGGGGAAGAGUGGCAAUUCUCAGCUCUUUGACAUCACAGAUUAUAGCCCUGAGUGGGCUUAUCCCGAUGGUGGGGUGAAGAUCCUCAUCACUGGUCCCUGGGACAUCAAUUGCUCCUACACAGUCUUGUUUGACUCCUUCCCCGUGCCCACGACCAUUGUCCAAAGCGGCGUGCUCAGGUGCUACUGCCCGGCGCAUGAUGUGGGCCUGGUGUCACUGCAAGUGGCGUGUGAUGGAUAUGUCAUCUCCAAUUCGGUGAUAUUUGAGUACAAAUCACAACCAAAGGUGGAUGUUAUCUGCGAAGGAACACACGAUGGGCUCUACAAGUUCAAUUUGCUGCAUCGCUUGGAGGCUUUAGACGCGAAGAUGCACACCAGGAACAGUCUUAAGGAAUUGCUGGACGAUUCUGUGCUGCUGAAACAGCCUAACUUUGAGGAGCGGCUUGUGAACUACUGUCAAUCUCUGUCCCUUCGUCAGUGGAAUGAUAAUCUCUUCGGCUGGCACAUUGGCCAUAAGAAUAUGACUCUACUGCACUUAGCAUCCGCUCUUGGGUACUCGAGGCUCAUCCUCACGAUGCUCACAUGGCGCGAAGAGAAUUCCAGCAUAAUUUUGGAGGCUGAAAUUGACGCUUUGCGCCAAGAUGACGAUGGAUUCACACCUCUGAUGUGGGCCUGUGCUCGAGGGCACAACGACACCGCUGUUAUGCUGUAUCAUUGGAAUCACAAUGCAAUCAAUUUGAAGAAUAGAUUCCAAAUGUCGGCUCUGGACUUGGCAAAGUCUAAUGGAUUCAGCCAUUUGAUGUCAGUGCUUGAGCAACUGGAGAUUGAUCGUGUGAAUGGGAAGUUCUUAAACACUCCCGUGAAAAAUGUUAUGCACAAUGAUGGAUUUAAACAUGAGUAUGGAGAGAAAUUGAGCAGCGAUAAGACAUCAGUGUCUCCUGUUUCACCUGAUGAGAAGAGCAGUGAUUAUGGAAGUGAGAGUGGUGGUAAAAAUGACAUGGAUGUUAAGAAUCGGAGUCAUGACGGCGUGUUUCUACGGCCAGUUGCAAUAUCCAGCUCUAGUUCACCCAUUCUCAAGUUUUCGAAGAGACCAUCUGUUGAUAGUGGGAUCGGCAUUGAUUUGAAGAGCAACUUUCGCAGUUUUGGAAAGUGUCUAUCGCAGAAGCCAUUGAGUUCCAGGCUAGACAGGAGCAUGUCUCUUCCUAUAUCCAGUCUGCCUCAGUCCUAUGGAUCCCUGGACGUGCCGGAGAACUCUUCACUGUCUAUUGAGACAUCAAUGGAGGGCAGUUCGAUGCUGUCAUCCAACAAUUUGCUCUCACCAUUGCGCAAAAUGGACUUUGCACUAUGCGAGAUUUCAGCGGGUGAUUCCAGUCCUAUGGGACAGCAGGAUUCCGUCCAGAACGACGAUGAAAAUGAUGAACGUCAUCUGGACAAUGAUAGUAUGAGUCAAGAGGGUGGGGUUGUAGGGGAGUCUGAUGCUAAAGUUUUGACUCUUGCUGAGCAGAUAAUAGCGGCUAUACCGGAGAGAAUCAAGAACGAAUCUGAUGAGAUGAUGUCGAUUGGAAGUCCUCUGUCUGAGUCUCUGAGUGUGGAGACUCCCAGUAUGGGUGUUUUGGGUGAUAAUCUCAUUGAUCCUCUGCUGGACUCCUUGCCCAACUCUCACUACGAUCAGGAGUUCAAUUUUGAGUUCUCAGACCACAAUUAUCGCUAUCAUGACGUGGGAACGCCCUGUUCCAGUCUCAGUCCGGCAAGUUCUGGCCCACUGCCCAGUCCAGCCAGCUACUCCAUUCCUCCAGAUCCGCUGGUCAACACUCCAAGUCCCCCGCCAACCACUCAGGACUUCACGGAAUUCCUCCAGGCAUCCAGUGCCACGCCCAAGCCAUUUGAGGCGGACUUCUCCAAUCUCACGCUCACGGACAGCGAACAGAGAGAGCUCUACGAGGCGGCCAAAUGCAUCCAGAAGGCCUACCGCUCCUACAAGGGCAGGAAGAAGCUAGAGGAGCAGGACAAGGAGAGGACGGCCGCUAUAGUCAUCCAGAAUUACUAUAGGAGAUACAAGCAAUACGUGUACUACCGCCAAAUGACACACGCGGCAUUAAUAAUCCAGAACGGGUAUCGCUCAUAUUGCGAGAAUAAGCGCUUCAAAAAGGCACAGCACCAGAAUAUGCAGACAACAGCCGGUGAUGCGGCUCCGCAAUCUUCGCAGUGUUUGGAGAAUUUCUACAAAAACUACCAAUCGGAGCAGGCACACUUCCAGUGCUCGACAACGCCUAAGGAGUUGAGUCCGUCGGGUCCAUUGAAGCGAACGUACUCGCAGAGGACACAAAAUCAAGCGGCAAGAAAGAUUCAGCAGUUUAUGAGACAAUCAAAAAUGAAUAUUUGGGAAGAUCACUUUUCCUACGUGACUUCAGAAAGAACGAGCCGAAAGAGAGAGGCUUGUCCGCCAACCCAGGUUGGGGGACUUCCCCCAAAACUCGCAGUAUCUCGCUGCUCUCGACCAUCAAUCCAGCGAGCAAAGAUGAGCAGUUUAGAAUGUGUUGCUAAGAUGCAAAGUUCUACUAAUUAGAUUUUCUAGGAUACACUAAUAAUCCUUGUGAGGGGAGAGAGAAAGUGAGAAAGAUAUUUGGUAUGAUAAAAAGCUUUGAGAAGCAGUUAAUUACUGAUGCUUAACUCAAUGAAUAAUUUUCUUCACACCCUCUUUAACAUUCUCCUUUGUAUAUAACAAGUAUAUAUAGUUACCUAAAUAUGAUAAGGGAAAGAAAGAAAUUAUUUUUUUAAACAAAACCUGCAAAAGUAUUGCAGUUCUGCUUUGAAGCCAUGGAAAUUGCUCGGAGGAAGCGGAAUAAUGAAUCAUGAGAAAGUAUGUUGUAUUGAUAUUCUGAUACAAGAUACAAUGAUGGAGAUAUUCAGAGAUUUGUAAAUAUGCUUAUACGGUAAUAUAUUUAAAAAAUAACUUGGUCGAUUAAAGUCGGUAUAUAACAGAAUACCUGAAAAACAUAUUGUGAUAAAUAUGAUAAGUACUUACAAUUAAUAAAAGUACCUAUGGGCAAACUAUAAUAGAGAACGACGGGAGAAUGUGAGAGAGAUAAAAAUUAUAUUCAAAUAUUCUUAUGUAUAAGGACUGUUAAAACAAUUUCAUCAAACUAAUGAGUAUUUAUACAACGUGGGCGCUAUUUCUAUUCAAGUCCAUACAUGCAUUACAAUACCAAAAAAAGGAGAAAAAAAGAACUUAAGCACGAGAUUUUGCCCAUGAUUUUUCAGUUGGAAUUCUCAACUUCUUGGGACAUAAAUUCAUUGAGAAUUACAAAGUCAGAAGAUGAGAUUGAUAUUUGUAGUGAAAAAACGUCCAUAAAAGUACUAAAUUUUACCAUAAUAAUUGCUGAUGCGAAGAAGAAGGAGAUUGAAGAGAAAUUUAAGAAAAUGUUGAACAAUAUGAACUUGAGAGGCAAUCAAAUGUAGAAAAAAAAUCAUAAAGCAGACAUAUACUUUGGGUAUAAUCUACAAAUUGGUAGUUUAAUCGUCCUCUAAGGAUAGUUUCUUAGGAAUAUAAUCAACUUUUUAUUAGGGCAUUUUCUUGGCUUUUCGAACAAGUGCAAGGAAAGAGGUGGUUUUUAUCUUAUAUAACUCUACAGACUUUUUUAUUCUCUUCGACUUUGACGGAAAAAGAGAGAAAAUCAUUGCAAUCAAAUUGCAGUGAAUUGUAUAUUUCUAUCUGAAGUAUAAUUCUAAUCAUUUCCCUGCGAUAAUGGCAACGAAAAGAGAAGCAGAGAUAAAACUGCAUCUUCUCAACUUAGUUUAGUUGUUUUUUCUAAUGAAACUUUCUUAUUAUACUCUAUAAGCUACAUUAUAUGAAAAAGAUUGUCCAAUGAUCUUCUUUCUAAGACCUUUGACAAGGAAUUUAUUUGGCAUUUUCCUAGCCUAUUCCUCAAAAUGUAGUGUACAUGAGAGACCCUUACUUUAUGGAUAGAAUUAAUAAAACUAUUAUUGUAGAUAAAUAUUAUAUAUUCAAUAUUGAAUAUUUUUCUCUAUUGCAUUGUAAUUUAAUACUUAUGAGUUCAUGUGGUGAAAUCAACGCCUAGUCGGGUGGAGAAAUACAAGAAUAAUCCUAGAGAGUUCCUGUUCACGUUGUCAUUCAGGAUUUGGGGCUUGAGGCAUAAGUAUUAUUAUAGCAAAAUGAUAGAUGAAGGUAUUUUCUUUCUGUUCUUAUUUUUUCUAAUAACCAGUAUUGAAUAAAUGUACAUAAAAAAGGGCAAAAGAAGAAAGAAAAUAAGAUUCCAGAGAGAAAAUUUGUCACUGUUAAGCCAGAACGUUUUAUUGUAAUAGGAAAGUGAGGAAAUAAUUAAUAUAUCAACAAUACUAAUUACUUAUUUGACUCGUAAAUCUAAGAGUUAUCGUGCUUCUGCCAUUAUUCCUCGGGCAAAUCUCUCCCCUUUUUGUUUGUUAUUGCAUGCAGAGCAAACUCUGCAUUUCCAUUCUUAAUUUUGUUACACUAUUUGUAAAACUCCCGAUACCUUUAUUACCUUUAUGGCUUACAUUAUUAUGUAAACAUCUAUGUUUCACUGCCAUAUAUUUACUUGAGGAUUUAAAAUCCUGAAUAUACUCUUCUGUAUUUGAAUUACACAAGUCACAGAUUGAGAUUUUGAGAAAGAGAAAAUAGUACAUUUUUCGAUAUCAAUAAUAAAAAAAAAUAGAAGUGAAGUGAAAAAUUAGAUCUUAGAUCACGAAUUCAUUGUAUUGACAUAUCAAAUUUUCUUAUUUUAUACUAUAACAAAAAAAUUACAAGUCAAGAUGGUGAGAAGAUAAAUGAGAUACUUAUUUUUCUAUAAGUGCACUUCAAAUUUUAAUGCUUGUACAUAGAAGAUGAUGAAGAAACUAUGACAUGUGUUUAAAGUAAUAUUUUUUAAAUGAUCAUCCAAUGUAACAUAGCAAAGAAAGAAAAAAAAAUAUGAUGAAAACUUUCCCCAAAUAUUCUCCAGAAAAGAAAAGUGAAAAUACAAUUUUAAAACGUUAUUCUUAUACAAAUUGAGAGGAGAUGACGAAAAAAUAUGAUAUUUGAGAGCUUUCAAAAUUGCUUUAGAAGAGAAGAGAGUCAGAUUUUGGGGUGGAAAUUUGUAAAUAUAGGAGUUCAUCUUUUUAAACCUAUAGAAUAGUUGGAUUUCUUCUGUGCUGUCCGAUAAAUAUUGCAUAAUGUUAAGAUUAUAUUGAUCAACUAUCCAUUAAUACUUAGGUAGUCAAGUUGGAAGUACAAGAAAUUCAUUCCUAGUCUGCAUCACUUUUUCGGAAAUAUUACAACUUUUUCAUUCUUGCUCAAAAAUUUGACAUUUAGAUGAUCGGAAGGUCUGUAAAAUGGAAAACUAGUAAUAAUCAGAGGCGGAAUCGCAGACGCUAAAGUCAGAGUUUGACUCUGGUGAAGGACAAAGUAGGUUCAGAAACUGGGAAAAUAUGAUAAUUGACCACAAAAUGAACCAGAAAUUUGAUUGAUUCUGUGAUCAGCGUUGGCAAAGCAAUUGAUUUUGAAUGAAAUUCUAUCGGAAUCUGACAUUUAUUGAAUAACGCAUUUUCAGUUUUGCGUAAUCUCAUGUCUUUUGACUUGCCCAAGGCGAGAGUCUGGCCUGGACACUUUGUGAUUCCCCUUCUGGUGUUGAUGAUUUUGAAACUGGCCAAAUUUGGCUGCCGCCAUUUCUCGUCUCGUUAACAUCAAUAAUAAUAAUUUUCACCCUUAUUCUUCUCAACAUCGUGUUAUUGCUCGUUUUCUUGUCGACGCGGUGCAAACACGAUGAGAAUGAGUAAUUCAUUUAAUGAAUUGUAGUAAAACGACUUUGGGCAGCUGAAGCGUGAAAUUGUUUUGUUAUGUUUUUCCUCUUUACAUAUUCAAAUACCUGGUUGUGACGGUGAUGGAGUUAAUUUAUUGCUAGAGAUGUUAUGAGAAUUUUCUUUGGAUAAAAGACACUUCCAAUUGAAUUAUAUAGGAGUGAUAGAAGAGAGGAGAAAACUUGAUUUUAUAAUAACCAAAUCAGACGGAAACUCUUAUAGACUUGUACUUUUUCUUCAAAACUCUAACGAUAAACCCUUUUAAAAGUAAUCUUUCUUACUAUUCUAUACUACUAUACAUGAUUAUCUUGUAAGAUAAGCACCCAGAAUUUUAAAUAUUUUCACAUCAUAUGAAAAAAUUGACUUCUUAAGCCAUUGCGGAGAUGUUUAUGACUAUGUAUAUAACGUCUAUUGAAUCUUUUUUCUACAUAAACAAAUUAUACCUUCUGAAUAAAAUGAGUCAUAGUUUAGUCACUAACUUAGUAACACUACUUGAUGCAAGCAUUACAUUAUUGAAGAGAAAAAAAAAUACACAUACGCAGAUACAUCGCAAAAAUUUACAAAAUAUAUAUAUUGCAUUGAAUAUUUAUUAUUGAGAAGUGAGGAGAAGCAUGGUUAAUUCAGAAAAAAAAUCUUUGAAACUAUUUAAAAAAAAAAAACUAUGAUGAUUCUUGUAGGAAUGAGAAUUAUGAUUAUACAGAAAAUAUAACAAUAAUAAAACUGUUUCACAACCA